AUGAGAACCAUAAAAGUAUAUAAUUUUUUUAUCUUUGUAUUAUUUACUAGUUUUGUACUAUUGUAUUUAUCAUGUGAAAAUUUAUCUAUCACAAAAAAAUUAAAUGCCUUAAAAAGAGUUGAAAAGGAACUAGAUAAAAAAAAAAAUAGGAAUAUACUAAUUAUAAUUUUGUUUACGGCUGCAGGAUUAGCUUUAUCUUUUGCAAUAAUCAGAAAAAAAAUUUAUGAAGUAGUAAGAGAAAGGAAUUAUAAAAAUAGGGCAGCGGGUAAGGAUGAUUUUUUUGAUAAUACCAAAAAUUUCUCUAGAAAAUAUAACAAAAUUUUAUCGUUAUCAAGUGAUUACUUGGAUAAUGAAUUUUAUAAAGCUUCUGAUAAAAAUAAAAGCAAUGUAAAAAAUUUUUCAUUUUUACAAAAGGCAGUUAAUGACACACAAUCUCGUCUUCAUGUAACACUUUCAGAUUACGAAUUAAGGUGUAUACUUCGUGAAUUAUAUAGACGAAUGGAUGUAAAAUAUUACGAUUAUAUGAAUAAUAAAUAUAACAAAACAAAAGAUAAUGAUUUAAAUAGUUCUUUUUCAGUGAACAAGCCAUCAUACAAAUCGAAAAUCCCUUUACCUCCAGAAGUAAUUAACAAGAACUUUAUGAAAGCUUUAGAUAUUGCGAGCAAAGUAAAGAAACAAUUAAAAGAUGAUUUUUUAAAAACCGAUGAUAAUAAUAAAAGUAUAUCACCAAAACCACAUGAUACAAAAAAAUUAGUUAAUUUUGUUGCCAAUAACGAAGGUUAUGAAUUAACAAAAGAGCAAUCUGAUGAAUUAUGUAAAUACACUCAUUUAACUUCCUUAGAAUUAUACUAUGAACAUAUGAAUAAAAUAAAUCCAAUGCUUAAAAAACCAAAAUUAAAAACUUACAGUAUGGAUAUGAAUGUCUUUUCAACCUUUAAUAAAAAAAAUAUGCAAAAUCAUAAAAAUCAAAUUAUUUUGGGAGCAGAAAAUGUUGAGAAGCAUAUAUAA